AGCCUUUUUGACAACAUUGCUGUCUAGUGUUCCUGGUUUCUCUCUGUAGCAUUAUCAUUCGGGCAUUGUUCUUCUCUUCUAUAGUUUGUCUGCAUUCAUCAUCAUACCACCCUAUUUUCUCGUUCUUUUGUUUAAAUCCAACUACCUCUUCUGCUGUUCUUUUGAUAGCAUGCUUUAUUAUUUCCCAAUGCUCAUUUAUGUUAUUUUCGCAGUCCUUUUCUAAUGUUGUCAGUUGUGUUUGGAGUGCCAUUCUAUAAGUUUCUGCAACAAGUGGAUCCUUUAUGCAUCUAUUAGGUGAGACGGAUAUAAUUUCUAAUGACAACAAGACAAAUAUGUCAGGUGCUUCUGCAGACAUUCGUCUUAGGAGGCAGGUGCCAGUGACAAACAAGCCCCCGCUGAAGUUGCGCCUCACCUCCAGGACAUCUACACACCAGCAACAACAUCCUACUCAUUCCAGAGAACGUUCAAGUUCAUGGCACCCAGAUACGACCACCACACUGACCACCACACUGAGCGUUUACAAAAGCUCUGCUGCAUCCUCCUCAAAAGCAGGUGCAAAGGUUGCUCUUGAUAUUGGCACCAAAACUCCUGCUCAAUCUUCAGUUGGCAGGAGCAGGAGUGAUUCAACGCCUGCAAAUAAACUUGUCAUACACCACCAGAGACAGAAUCUCAAGAACAGGUUUCAGUUGCAGAAGACAUUGGGAGAAGGAACAUAUGGAAAAGUAAAACUUGCAUCUGAUAAAAGUACAGGGGAAUUGGUGGCCAUCAAGUACAUCAAGAAGACAAAGAUCCACGAUGACAAUGACCUGGCCAGGAUACGGCGGGAGAUCCACAUUCUGUCCAGCCUACGUCACAAGCAUAUUGUCAACAUACGCGAAGUGUUUGAGAAGAAAGACAAGAUAGUUCUGGUGAUGGACUACGCCCAGGGGGGUGAGCUCUACGACUACCUCAACAAGAUGGGUCAACUGAGCGAGCCAGAAGCCAGGCGGAUCUUCCGACAGAUUGUGUCGGCCAUUCAUUAUUGUCACCAGAAUAGCAUCGUCCACAGAGACUUGAAAUUGGAGAAUAUCAUACUGGAUGAUGAGGGCAAUGUCAAGAUCGCUGACUUUGGUCUGUCCAAUUACUACAGCAUGAACGGCACCCUGAAGACCUUCUGCGGGAGCCCCCUAUAUGCAUCGCCAGAAAUCGUCAAUGGAAGACCUUACCAUGGCCCUGAAGUUGAUGUCUGGUCACUUGGGGUCAUCCUCUACACGCUGGUGUACGGCGCCAUGCCCUUUGAGUCCAAUGAUCUAAUCACGUUGAAGAGACAGAUCUCAGAGGGGGACUAUGCUCAGCCGUCCAAACCUUCGGAUGCUGCUGGAUUAAUACGUCAUAUGUUGACUGUCACCCCCACACGCCGUGCUACCAUGGAAGAUGCCCUCAGACACUGGUGGAUCAACUUUGGGCACUCACACAUGCCCAAUGAUGUGCCAUAUAGCACAGAGGAUGAUCAGCCUACCAGUAACUCAUCCCGCAGAGAUCACCUGGCAGUCAUCCACCACAGAAACCAGAGCAGCAUUUCCUCCGACUCUGACUUAGAGUUGGACUUCAGGCCUAACCGUUGGUCAAGAAGAAAAAUGGCCUUGGACAGUGCUGGCAACAGUGUGUCCUCCUCAGUGGCCAGCAGUCCUGCUCCUUUGGGAGAAAGCAAGUUGGACGAGGAGGUCCUCCCUGAGGUGAACUCAGCAGAUAUUGCUUCUGGUCUCAUGAAACUAUCCCCAGAUAUUUUUGAAAUUUUAAAAGGUUGCAGCAGUAAAUCUUUAGCUGCUCUUCUUCACCCAGACAACAGUUUGGACAGAAACAGUAAUUUGUCUCAGAGCUAUAAUCCCAAGUGCCAAACUGAAGGAACCAGAUCAGACCAAAAUGAAAAGACUGUUUCCUCUGUUUUUGAUUCUGAAAGGAAGCCUGCAAGAGGUAUAUUAAAACGAAAAGGAAAAUUUUCUGGUGGGGAUAGCGGAUGCAUAAUGCAGGAAGAGCUUGUGGCUAAGUCGGAAGAGUCCAGCAUUCCUAAAUCUGGUCAUCUGCCAAGAAGGCUUCCUUCUUUCAGGGAAGAGGCUCAUGGCAUCUUUUCAUCCAAACACAAAGCUAGUCAUUUGUUGCAUGCUGGGAAUAGUGAACUUGUUGGCAAUUUGCCUCAACCAACGCAAAGCAUUACCUCACCGCUGAUACAUCGUCGCCAAGAUCAGGAUCACCAGUCGCCUUCAUCGCCUUCAUCAUCAUCCUUAUCAUCUGUCCAUCCACCUACCACGUGCUCAGCAUCUUUACAUGACACUCACGACCACUGCCUUACACCUGUACAUAAUAAUUCUGGAUCUUAUGCUCAUUCUUCACAGAUAACUUCUGUUGUUACAACAUCAAGGGACAUUCUGAAUCUUCCUGUUCACUGCCUUGCAGACAAAACCAGUUCACCCACUGACGAGUCACCAGAUAGUGGAGUCUGUAAAAAUGUUUCCAAAGUAGUACGCAGGCCCAAAAGCAUCUUGAAAAAUGGCAGAACUCAGUCAGAGGAAGCCAAAAACCGGUUGAGCAUAAGCAGCGUGGGCUCAAACUCAUCAGCAGACAUCCUUGACCUGUCUUACGACAGCGCAGACAGUGAUCAUUAUGUGAAUCAAAGGUCACCAAUCAAGAGUGAUAGUGACAUUUGCUCACCUUCCCAAGAAGUGUUCAACUCGACCAAACUGUCUCAAGACUUCGGUGAUCUCUCCAUCAAAUCUUAUUCUCUACCAAAACACAGACGCUCAUUAAGUGAUGAAUGCAGAAAAGUGACAUUGGAUUCAGCCUUGCAUUACUCAUUUCUCUAGGGAUCUCUUCAGUGCUUACAUUAACUGUGUGACACCAAUUUUUAAAACCAGAUUUUAUAGUUAUAAAUCAUGUACAUCUCUUCAGCUGUCUAUCAUGUCCUAAGAAUACAGACCACCUUUUUUUUUCUUCAUUGCUCAAAUGUCAAUAAGAUAAUUUGUUGUAGAAUGCCUUUAAUUUGCCAAGAUGGGAUUCAAAUUCUUGCAGUGUCUGAUGUUUUACUUCUUCUAGCCAGCUUUUUGCUGCUGAACUGGGAGCUCUUUAGCAGACUGUGCCAAGGAAAAAUAGUGUGCUGUUCUCUUCAGUUGUUCAGCACUGCAGAACAGAGUGUUGGUUAUGUUGGGCUGUAGUGGUAAUAGGGUCUGCAUAAGGAGGAUUAGGAAGGGGCAUUCAAAGAGGAUAUGACUUGAUAGUGUUUACAAAGGGGUAGGUGUGCAAGAUUUAUUUUGUUAAGAUGGUAAUUUAGCAGAGGUGUGUGCCCUGUUCUUAGUUGAAAGGUUGUAGAUUGCUCUUUGCAGGGGAGGAAAUUAAUACUGUGAUGUUUUGCUUAGAAUCUGUACAUGGAGAGAACUCUAUAAACUUAAAGGUAUUUUUUUUUAUUAGAGAUUCUCAUUUCUUCUCUCAAUUUCUUGUUUCACUUUGAAUGUGUACAUUGCAAUUCUUUAGACCACUGUUUCACAAACUGUAUUUUGCUGAAUCCUAGUUUUCCACUGGGCCUCUAUAGGUGUUUCAUGAACUACUGGACUAAUAAAUUAACUAGUAGGCCACCACCUGACUUAAUCUCUCUAAAAAAUAAGCAAAGUAAUCUGAUAAAUACUCAGAAUGUGCGAAAUGUUUCCCAUUAAGGAAAAAGUUUGGGAAACACUGCUGUGUAGACCAAUGUGUUGUCUCUCAGCAGUGUAAGUUUUGAGUUGGAUCUAGACAAAGAUGAAAGCUUUAAACAUUGUUUAAACUUAACUUAUCCAUUUGAUGGGCUGACUUAUAGAUGUUCAGCUGCCAUAAUGAGAGACAUGGGUUUAAAUCCUUUUUACCAUUUUUUAAAAUUAAUACAAAAGCCAUAAGUAGAUAUCCUUAGUAGACCUUGCUUCAAAUGAGUAUCUGUAUCUCAGAUAGGUAAAGCUAUGAUGGGUUGUUUAGCUGGCACUACUGCACCUUCAGGCACUGUUAACCACAGCAGAGUUAACACUCAUCUUCACUGCUAGUAAGAACAUAAGGUCUGGAAUCUUUGUCUCAUAAUAAAAGUGUAAAGGUUCACGUACCUAGACCAGUGCCAGCUCUUGAAAUGAAGUAAGCUAUGCAAUUAAUCCAAAGGCAGCUUCCACUUCCUUCUGUCCAUUUGUAUUUUUCUUUCUGCUAUGCAAAAUGCCAUCCUUAUUGAAUCCAUUCUCCUGUAUUGCAUAAAAACUUGACAUGAAUACUAUGAUGCUUGUAAUCAAAUAGCAUACAUGUAUAAUACUGAGUAAUAUAUUUAUAUACGUGUUAUUUAUUCUAUAUGAGAACUGAACAUACUGUAUAUUAACAUUUAAGAGAAUAAAAAUGAAAGUUUCUUAGGCAAACAACUAAAUUAAAAUUACUGCACUUUGAAGGCUUGCUUAUAUGAUGAUCAGACCAAGACAUGACAGUGGAAAUAUAUUUCAAAGAUUUAUGACAUUUGCUUAGAACUCAAGUUUACAAAUGUCUAUGCUAUUUGUCAUUCUUUUCAAACUUGGUUAUUAUCCUUCAAAUGUCCUGCCUUCAAAAAUUGCUUUAUUGAUUGUCUAUGACUAAGUAUCCUUUUCAAAAAGAUGUUUUCAUUAAAAUAUUUAUGCUAAAUCAUUACAACAGAGAAUUUCUUUCAUUACUUGUGACAAUAAUUGAAACUACAGUGUCUUGAUUUCUCAAGUUUCUUCUCAUCUGUUUAAAAGCAUAACUUUGAAUGGUAGAUAAAUUGAAGGAGUUUCAAUUAUUUAUUUUCCUAAUACCUUUCAGUUAUUACUGGGUUUCUUUUCAGUCUUUUAUAUUGUCAUUUAACAGUGAACUCUUUUUCUUAGAGAUUCUCUCUAUUUUAUAUAUAUUUUGUUUUGGGUCAGCUUUUUCUCUCCCUUAUUUGUGAUACUUCCAAAGAUAUUCUUAUUGUUGUUAGUUUUGAAUUGUACAAAUACUAUUUCUAAUGUCAUGUGUGUCUUGUGUUUUGCAUUUCAUGAUCUUAGAGGCAUUAAACAUUUCAAUGUUUUGAUGUCUUAUCCAAUAGUAUGAUGUUAGCGAUUCACAACACAAUAGUUAUCCUCUGCUUACAAUUGAACAUUGUAUCACUUUCAGCAUCAGAUGUUAUCAGAUCCCCCUCCUGCCUAAGUUUCUAGGUAGAGAACCUCCAUAAGUUCAAGGAUUUUCUUGCAGAAAAUGUUUCAUGAGAAGAGGGAGGGGUGAGAAAGGGAUGUAACUCAAGUCAACAAGAAAAAAUUGAUAUGAAAUCUGAGAUGUAUGAUUCAUUUAUCCUGUGAAAUCUUAAGGUGUGUCCUCCUUUGGUUCAAGUAAUCUAAUAUGUGGACUUGGUUGUCAUUAUUUCUUUGUUCGCUUUUUUUUUUUUUUUUUUGUUGUUGUUAAUCUAAAUGUUCAGACAUUUUAUUUUGAACAAAUAAGGACCUCUAUUAUUUAUAGAGCUACUUCUCUACUGACCAAACUUAAGAAAAGACUGAAGUAGAUUAAGAAAUAUUGAAAUUGAAUAUGCUCUUUGAUCUCAUCAGUCUAUUAAUAGCAAAACAUUAUUAGUAUUCACUAUUUGUCUCAUAAAUUGUGACCAUAUGUUGUAUACAUUCAAUGUCUGAGCACUAUUUUGUUGGUGGAGAGAGGGAAAGAUCUGACAUGUAAUUCACUUCUUGUACAUUUUGUAUUUAUUUAUUUUUGUGUGCCCUUUAAAUAAUUAUCUUUUUUUUUUUUUAUUCCUUACAGAACUAAUUGAAACUGUUUAUUUCGAUAAGAUGAAAUUCUAGGAUUUAAAAAGGAAUUAUUUGAAAUGUUGUUAUUAAUAAUAGAAGAAGAUAAUCAAAGAGAGCCAUUUUGAUUUAUUUGCAUUGCGUUAUUGCUUUUUCCCUGAUAAAUGAAUGCAUCUGGAACAGGCAUUAUCAGAAAUUAAAAGCUGCAAAAAACUUUUUUUUUACAUUUAGUUUGUAGAAUAAUAAUCUUUUUUUUUGUAUUGGACUGUACAUCCUUUUAAAUCAAGCCAUUUAGUCAAUGCAUUGAACUUUUGAAUAUCCACUACCACAUCCAUAGACCUUGAAGUCAAUGACACUUCCCCAUAUAUUGACCUCAAAGAUAUGUCCGUGUCUAUUUGCCCAUACAUUGACCUUGGGCAUGUCUACUUCCCCAUACAUUGACCUUGUAGACUUGUGAUUGCCCACUUGUGGCUAUCCACUUCCUUGACCUUGUAGACAACUCCCCCAUAGAUGGACUUGAAAUCCUUUCCUCAUUGACCUACCCAGACAUUGUAUUGAUGUUUGAUAAUCAUCAAGUUCUGUGCAUUCAGACAACACACACUCACACUAGCAUAUUAUGUUGAGAUCAAGUCUUAGUUGAAAUAUUGAAACCACAAGGCUCACAUUGUGGACUCCAUUUUGGGUUGUUCUAUGCAUAAUUUCCUCUGGUGUUGUAUUUCUAUUCUAUGACAAUGUAUUAUACUGUGGAGAAUCUGACCUUUGCUUUGCCAUGUAUUCUCUCCCUUUGUUUUUUUAAUCUGCUGUUUCUUGAUGGAACAAUUAUUUGUCUGGUUGAUAUUGAGUCUUUCUUUGACACAAGACAAUAAAAAGCUUUUGAAACAUAAA